UGACAGUAUAUAAGCUCGGUUCUCAACCCACAUCAUCACAAUUCGGUUUUUCCACGGAGAGACUAACUAAGACGGAGGUAUCCUCAUAUAAAUCAACUUCUUAAAGUAAUACAAGAUGGCCCGUACCAAGCAGACCGCCCGUAAAUCCACUGGAGGAAAGGCUCCCAGGAAGCAGCUCGCCACCAAGGCAGCCAGGAAGAGCGCCCCCUCCACGGGAGGAGUGAAGAAGCCCCAUCGUUACAGGCCCGGUACUGUGGCUCUGAGGGAGAUCCGUCGUUACCAGAAGUCUACAGAGCUGCUGAUCCGCAAGCUGCCCUUCCAACGUCUGGUGAGAGAGAUCGCUCAGGACUUCAAGACAGACCUGCGCUUCCAGAGCGCCGCCAUUGGAGCCCUUCAGGAGGCUAGCGAGGCUUACCUGGUGGGUCUGUUUGAGGACACCAACCUGUGUGCAAUCCACGCCAAGAGGGUCACCAUCAUGCCCAAAGACAUCCAGCUGGCCCGCAGGAUAAGAGGCGAGAGAGCCUGAGCAGCCCAGACGCUAUUUAUCGUACCUAACCCAUUAUCGUGGACUUUUUAUUUCUUGGGUAUUCUUUUUUCCUUUUUUACAAGGUUGACAUUUUUGUAUUUUAGAAUGACAUCAUUCCCCGAGUCCUCUUAGGCUAGUUGGAGACGUGUUGUGCAGUAGGAGUGUUUUUACCUAUUCCAUCAUGUAGUCUCUGCCAGCUCGUACAGAUCUGAUGUGGAGUACCCCAAAGUUUGUUAGAAAAGCACAGUACGGGUCCCCAGACCAUAGAAACUGCAUGUGUUAACAUUAGCAUCCAGCAGUUUGUAAGUGUUGGGGACCCGUACUGUGCAUUUCUGACAUCAUUUACUCGCCACUUCCCGGUUCAAAUGGCUGGCUUCUAAACCAAUGGGUCAUUUCUGCGUUUCACCACCAUCACUCCGGUCCUCUGUGGGCUUCAGGCUCCCGCUCUGAUGCCGGGGUGAACAUCUUCCAUGGGGUGUUCAGGGUCUCGUCACCCAUCUUAUCAAACACCAGCGUGUCCUAUGUGAGCACGACAGACCCCCACUCCCCGUUCUUCUGGACUGCUUUUUACGUGUUUUUCAACAUAACUCUUGGCAGCUACAUUUAAUACUAUUUAUGAAAGUGUUGUCGCAUGUCUUUCUAUUAAAGUUCUUUAUGAGUAGAGA